AUGAAAUUGCCUUUAGUGUUUCUAGUUUCAAGUUUGUUACACUUAGUAAGGUCUAGGGCACCAUUAAAUUCAAAUAUCACAAAAUUACCAAGUAAUGAAGCACCGUAUAUGAAUAUCUUUAAUAAUGGCACAAGGGGAUACGUUGGGGAUAAAUCAAGACAGACGCCUUUCCCACAAUGGUUGGCUGAUUUUACUGGUUUAUCUGAAUGGCCAGGUUUGAACCCACCUUAUAUACCAUUGGAUUUCAUUGAUUUCAAUAAGAUUCCAAAUAUACCACGUUAUGGACAAUCUGAAUGCAAUUCAAGAAGGAAACAACUUUUGAACAAUAAAGACGUUUGUUCUUUCGAUUGUGACGCUUGUGUUGAAAAAGAUGACAUCUUCACUUGUCCAAAAUUAUCGCAGACUUUCGAUGAUGGUCCAUCGUUUGCCACUGAAUCGUUGUUGAAUCAUAUUAAGAAUAAAUCGACGUUUUUCAAUUUGGGGAUUAAUAUUAUUAAUUUUCCAAGUAUUUACCAAAAAAUGAUGGAUAGAGGUCAUCUAAUUGGAACUCAUACUUGGUCACAUCCAUAUCUACCAAAUUUAUCAAAUGAAGAUAUUAUCGCUGAGAUAGAAUGGUCAAUUUGGGCAAUGAAUGCAACUGGUCAUCAUUUACCAAGAUAUUUUAGGCCCCCAUACGGUGGAAUAGAUAAUAGAGUACGAUCGAUCACUAGACAAUUCGGUUUACAAGCAGUAUUAUGGGACCAUGAUACUUUUGACUGGAGAUUAGUGGGAAGCAAUAACUCAAGACAUACAGAACGUGAUAUAUAUAAAAGUGUAAUAAAUUGGAUUAGGAAGAAGACAGGACUAAUUUUGGAACAUGAUGGUGCAUUCAAGACCGUUGAGAUUGCUAAAAAUAUCUACGAUUUAAUUGGCCCUGAUCAAUUAAAUGUUGCAGAAUGUGUAGGUGGUACUCCAUACUUGAAAACUUUUCCUUCUUAA